AUGGAGGCCCUCUCAGCCUCAUCUUACCACAUGUCUCCUGACACCGUGGGCACGGGAAAUAUGGCGCUCUCCUGGGUGCUACAACUGACUGUGGCCUUGGCAUUCCUGGCACAGCCAUCUGCAUCUAUAUCAGGCGUGAGUCCUGCUCACAAUGGCGAAGUGUGCAGCACGUGGGGUAAUUUCCACUUCAAGACCUUUGAUGGAGAUUUCUUCCAGCUGCCAUUCAUCUGUAAUUACAAGCUAUUGUAUCUAUGUGAGGACCCCAGCAACCUCAACAUCCAGUUCAGGAGGGUCUUGCAGAAUGGCGAACCCACAAUCACAGCUCUCUCCAUGACGCUGCAGGGAGACGUUAUACAAUUCUCCCCUGACUCAGUCUUCAUAGAUAAAGAGAAGGUCAAUCUACCUUUCUCUGCCUAUGGACUCCGUAUUGAAAAGACAGAGUCCUACCUGAAAGUCACAGCCAAAUUUGGAGUGGUUCUCACCUGGAAGAAAGAUGACUCUCUCUCGGUGGAACUGGCUACCAAGUACAGAAACAAAACAUGUGGGCUUUGUGGAGACUUCAAUGGCAUCCAGAUCUAUAAUGAGUUCACUGAAAAUGGUGAGUCACUGAGUGUUGUUGAUUAUGGUCACAAGUUUAAAGGAGAUGGCCCGACUGAGGUCUGUGAGGAGGUUGACAUCAGGCCAAAUGAUGAAUGCUCAAAUGCGACGGUUAUAUGUAGACAGUGGUUGACACUUCCUGAAUUCAGUGACUGCCGGUCUCUGAUCCCUACGGAGGAUUUUGUGCAGGCGUGUGUGAAGGACUUGUGUCAGUGCAACACCAGCAGGGAGGUGUGUGUCUGUGAUACGCUCGCCGAGUUCUCACGCCAGUGCGGCCAUGCAGGAGGAACACCCCAAGAGUGGAGGAGCCCCGAUUUCUGUAGAGCAACUUGCCCUUUGAACAUGGAGCACCAGGAGUGUGGCAAUCCUUGCCCUGAUACCUGCUCUAAUCAGGAAAGGAGUAAGCUAUGUGAUGAACACUGCACUGAUGGAUGUUUCUGCCCCAAUGGAACUGUUUUUGAUGACAUCACGCAGUUGGGUUGUGUCCAGCGUGAGGACUGUCCCUGCUAUCACAAUGGCCAAGUGUACAAGUCUGGACAAUCAUACUCCAGAUUCUGCCAGAACUGCACCUGUGAGCAGGGACAGUGGAGGUGCCUCCAGCUGGAAUGCCCAGGCACCUGUUCACUGACGGGGGGCUCUCACAUCAACACCUUUGAUGGGACGACAUACACCUUUCACGGAGAAUGCUUCUACAUCCUGGCAAUGCUGGAGGACAUAACAGUUCUGGCAGAGAUCAGAUCAUGCGAGGAGAGUUCCACAGUGUCCUGUUUGAAGUCGGUCACUUUGAAAACAAUUGAAACUAUUGUUGUCAUUAAAUCAAGCGGAACUGUGUCAGUCAAUGGAAUGCCUACUACACUGCCGUUGCACAACAGCUACUUCAAAAUAUUCAAGCCCUCAACAUUCUACAUCAUUGCGUACCACGAUGGGCUGCACAUGGAAAUUCAGUUGAUACCCAUCAUGCAGGUUAACAUCAUAGCCAGCCCUAAAUCCAAAACAAAAACAACCGGUCUCUGUGGAAACUUUAAUGAUGUCAUGAAUGAUGACUUUAAAACUGAGAGCGGCUUGACUGAAGGGAGUGCAGUGUCUUUUGCCAACACCUGGAAGGUUCAUGGCAAAUGUCCGGACGUGAAGCAAACCAAUGAGAACCCUUGUAGCAUGAAUGUGGAAAAAGCCAACUAUGCCAGGUCAUGGUGUCCUCUGCUCACUGCUCGUAAUGGAGUUUUUGCCCCAUGUCAUUUGGAAGUCAAUCCAGAAUCCUUCAAAGAUAACUGUAUGUAUGACAGCUGUAACUGUGAGAACAGUGAGGAGUGCAUGUGUGCAGCACUGUCAUCAUAUGUGCAGGCCUGCUCCGCCAGGGGAAUCCUGCUCUCCAACUGGAGGAACGGCAUCUGUGAUAACUAUACUUCUACCUGCCCCCGGACCAUGGUCUAUUCAUACAACAUGGUGAGCUGUGGGCGGACUUGUUUAUCGCUUAGCAACCGCGAGCCCAGCUGUGAGGUGAAAUACGGACCAGUGGACGGCUGUGGCUGUGCGGAGGGCACCUACCUGAGCGACAAAGAUGAGUGUGUGUCGGAGACCACCUGCCCCUGUGUUCAAAACGGCGACGUCAUACGGCCAGGAGAGGUCAUCAAGAAGGAUGGGGUUUUGUGUACAUGCAGAAGUGGAACACUGCACUGCAGAGGACAUUCAAAUGAACAAAUUUGCAGUAGUAAUAUGAUCUAUGUGAACUGCUCCAACUUGAACGAAACAAAAGGGGCAGAGUGUCAGAGAAGCUGUUUUUCAGGAUACCAAGAGUGUUAUAGCACACAGUGCGAGUCUGGCUGUAUGUGUCCUCCUGGUGAGUUCCUUGACCAGAAUCUUGAGUGUGUGAAGGAGGAGGACUGCCCAUGCAAACACAACGGGGUCUACUAUGAGCCAGGAUCAACAGUCAUGGACGACUGCAACACAUGCACUUGCAAAAACAGAAAGUGGGCGUGUACAACACAAAACUGCUAUGGCACUUGUGUGAUGUAUGGCGAUGGACAUUACAUCACGUUUGAUGGGAAACGCUUCACAUUUGAUGGAGAAUGUGAUUAUUAUCUCACUGAGGAUGGUGUUGGGGAAGGGAACAGUUCAUUCCACGUCAUCACUGAAAACAAUCGAUGUGGAGCAUCCGGGGCUGCAUGCUCCAAAGCUGUGAGGGUCUUUAUUGAGGGCUAUGAGAUUAAACUGGCAGAGGAUGACGCCCAAGUGAUUAAGCAAAGCAACAAUGCUGAGCUGUAUCAAAUCCACACCAUUGGCAUAUAUCUGGUGAUUGAGACGAGCAAAGUAGUUCUGAUGUGGGAUAAGAAGACAACUGUUAUGAUACGGCUGAGUUCAGAGUUACAGGGCAAGGUACGUGGCCUUUGUGGAAACUACGACGGCAAUGGAAACAAUGAAUUCAUCUCUAGGGCAGGACAAGAAGUCCUCGAUGUUGUGUCAUUCGGGAACAGCUGGAGCUACUCAGCCAACUGUCCAAAGGCAGUGGAAGUUAAAGACCCAUGUGCCGCCGAACCCCACAAGGAGGCUUGGGCACACAAACAGUGCAAUAUCAUCAACAGCAAAGUGUUCGAAGCCUGCCACGUUCUGGUGGACCGCUCCCCAUACUAUGACGCAUGCGUGAGGGACACCUGUGCCUUGGGAGGAGACUGCGGAGGAAACUGCGAGUGCUUUUGCACAACCAUAGCGGCCUACGCUGCAGCAUGCAGAAUUAAGGGAGCCUGCAUCUCAUGGAGGACGCCUAAAGUCUGUCCAAUAUUUUGUGACUACUACAACCAGCCAGAUGGGUGUGAGUGGCACUAUAAACCAUGUAGUCCUCCGUGUCUGAAGACCUGCAGAAACCCCUCAGCGAAAUGCUCAUCCGACAUCCCAAAGAUAGAGGGUUGUUUUCCCAAUUGCCCUAGUGAGAGACCUUUCUUUGAUGAGAAAACCAUGAAGUGUGUCCCGGCGCAUGAGUGUGGCUGCUACGUUAAUGGAACUCAUUAUGGUGAAGAAAAAGAUUUGCCUUCAACUGAACCAUGCCAAACAUGUAUUUGUUCAUCGGGAAAACCUAAAUGCAACUAUAAUGAAACAGCUUGCUACUGUGAAUACAAUGGGAAUAAAUAUCCAUUAAAUUACAUCAUCUACACAACAAAUGACGGAGCAGGAUCCUGUCUCGAAGCUAAGUGUAAAGAGAAUGGAACUAUAAGUCGGAAUAUCUAUAAAUGUGUGACAACGACACAGUCUCCACCUUUCACUUUCACCACAAGUUCCACAGUAAGUCCUACCACAACCACAAUCAGCACAACGACAGCAGCCACAACCACAACAACAGGUACCACACUUAGUCCUACCACGACAGUCACAACUACAACAACCACAACAGAGACCAAAACUACACCUGUGAGCACAACAGCUGCCACAACCACUACCGAAGAAACAACUACAACUACUACAACUGGCCCAACAACAACACCAAGAGAGAGCACAAGUACACUAACAACUACAAGCCCUACAACAACUACAGAAAGUACCACACCAGGCACCACAGCAAGUUCUACCACAAGCACAUCCUCAGUUACAACUACCAGACCAACAACAACACCAGGUACCACACUUAGUCCUACCACAACCACCAUCAGCACAACGACAGUCACAACUACGACAACCCCAACAACCACAACAGAGACCACAACUACACCAUCAACAAUCUCUCCAAGCACUCCUACUGUGAGCACCACAGCUGGCAGGACUACGUCAAGUUGUCAGUCUGAAUUAGUGUGUAAAUGGACCGACUGGAUAGAUAACAGUUAUCCAAAACCUGGACCAAAUGGAGUGGAGAUUGAAACACUGGAAAACAUCACAUGCCAUACUUAUGGAGAAGUCCAGUGUAGGGCCAAGAAGUAUCCAACGUUGACAAUAGAAAACUUGGGUCAAAAUGUGCAAUGUGGUCCUUCAGGAUUAACCUGCAGAAACAAGGAGAAGUCUAACGAUACAUGUCAUAAUUAUGAAAUACGAGUCAAAUGUUGCAUUUGUUUAGGUACAACAACCACAACAGAGACCACAACUACACCAUCAACAAUCUCUCCAAACAUUCCUACUGUAAGAACAACAACAGUCACAACUACAACAUCCCCAACAACCACAACAGAGACGACAAAUACACCAUCAACAAUCUCUCCAACCACUCCUACUGUGAGCACAACAGCUGGCACAACAACAACAUCAGGUACCACACUAAGUCCUACCACAACCACCAUCAGCACGACAGUCACAACUACAACACCCCCAACAACCACAACAGAGACCACAACUACACCUGUGAGCACAACAGCUGCCACAACCACUACCGAAGAAACAACUACAACUACUACAACUGGCCCAACAACAACACCAAGAGAGAGCACAAGUACACUAACAACUACAAGCCCUACAACAACUACAGGAAGUACCACACCAGGCACCACAGCAAGUUCUACCACAAGCACAUCCUCAGUUACAACUACCAGACCAACAACAACACCAGGUACCACACUUAGUCCUACCACAACCACCAUCAGCACAACGACAGUCACAACUACGACAACCCCAACAUCCACAACAGAGACCACAACUACACCAUCAACAAUCUCUCCAAGCACUCCUACUGUGAGUUGUCAGUCUGAAUUAGUGUGUAAAUGGACCGACUGGAUAGAUAACAGUUAUCCAAAACCUGGACCAAAUGGAGUGGAGAUUGAAACACUGGAAAACAUCACAUGCCAUACUUAUGGAGAAGUCCAGUGUAGGGCCAAGAAGUAUCCAACGUUGACAAUAGAAAACUUGGGUCAAAAUGUGCAAUGUGGUCCUUCAGGAUUAACCUGCAGAAACAAGGAGAAGUCUAACGAUACAUGUCAUAAUUAUGAAAUACGAGUCAGAUGUUGCAUUUGUUUAGGUACAACAACCACAACAGAGACCACAACUACACCAUCAACAAUCUCUCCAAGCACUCCUACUGUAAGCACAACAACAGUCACAACUACGACAUCCCCAACAACCACAACAGAGACGACAAAUACACCAUCAACAAUCUCUCCAACCACUCCUACUGUGAGCACAACAGCUGGCACAACAACAACAACAUCAGGUACCACACUAAGUCCUACCACAACCACCAUCAGCACGACAGUCACAACUACAACACCCCCAACAACCACAACAGAGACCACAACUACACCAUCAACAAUCUCCCCAAGCACUCCUACUGUGAGCACAACAGCUGCCACAACCACAACCGAAGAAACAACUACAACUACUACAACUGGCCCAACAACAACACCAAGAGAGAGCACAAGUACACUAACAACUACAAGCCCUACAACAACUACAGAAAGUACCACACCAGGCACCACAGCAAGUUCUACCACAAGCACAUCCUCAGUUACAACUACCGGACCAACAACAACACCAGGUACCACACUUAGUCCUACCACAACCACCAUCAGCACAACGACAGUCACAACUACGACAACCCCAACAACCACAACAGAGACCACAACUACACCAUCAACAAUCUCUCCAAGCACUCCUACUGUGAGCACAACAGCAGGCACGAACAACAAAGCAUCAGGAACCACAACUAAGCAACAACAACAACAGUUCCACAACUACACCAUCAACAAUCCUCUCAACAACCGGGACCAACAACACCAGCACAACGACAGUCACAACUACACAACCCCAACAACCACAACAGAGACCACAACUACACCAUCAACAAUCUCUCCAAGCACUCCUACUGUGAGCACAACAGGUGGCACAACAACAACAUCAGGAACCACACUAAGUCCUACCACAACCACCAUCAGCACGACAGUCACAACUACAACACCCCCAACAACCACAACAGAGACCACAACUACACCAUCAACAAUCUCCCCAAGCACUCCUACUGUGAGCACAACAGCUGCCACAACCACAACCGAAGAAACAACUACAACUACUACAACUGGCCCAACAACAACACCAAGAGAGAGCACAAGUACAUUAACAACUACAAGCCCUACAACAACUACAGAAAGUACCACACCAGGCACCACAGCAAGUUCUACCACAAGCACAUCCUCAGUUACAACUACCGGACCAACAACAACACCAGGUACCACACUUAGUCCUACCACAACCACCAUCAGCACAACGACAGUCACAACUACGACAACCCCAACAUCCACAACAGAGACCACAACUACACCAUCAACAAUCUCUCCAAGCACUCCUACUGUGAGCACAACAGGUGGCACAACAACAACAUCAGGAACCACACUAAGUCCUACCACAACCACCAUCAGCACAACGACAGUCACAACUACAACACCCCCAACAACCACAACAGAGACCACAACUACACCAUCAACAAUCUCUCCAAGCACUCCUACUGUGAGCACAACAGGUGGCACAACAACAACAUCAGGAACCACACUAAGUCCUACCACAACCACCAUCAGCACGACAGUCACAACUACAACACCCCCAACAACCACAACAGAGACCACAACUACACCAUCAACAAUCUCUCCAAGCACUCCUACCACAACCACCUACCACAGCCCUACCACAAUCACCAUCAGCACAACAGCUGGCACAACCACAUCAGAAGAAACAACCACAACUACUACAACUGGCCCAACAACUACAACACAAAGAGAGAAACAACAAUCACAACCACUACAACUACAUCCACAGUGAGUGCGUCCACAUUAACAUCAACCAAAACAACCACAGUGAAAGCCACCACGAAAUGCUUCUGUCAGUACGGAUCCAAUUAUUAUCUACCAGGUUCUUACCUGUAUAACAAAACGGAUGAGGGAGGCUGGUGUUAUACUGCAUAUUGCAAUUAUUCAUGUCAAGUUGAGAAAGAGACAAGACCAUGCCCUUCCACUGCUCCUCCUACCGUUUCAACACCUAGCAAACCUUGC